AUGAAGUUAUCUAAUAUCCUUUUAUUAUCAACUUCUUCUAUCGCUUUUGCUGCUCCAGCUGUUCAUCAUGAUCACAAUGAAAAACGUGCUUUAGUUACCGUCACUGAAUUUGUUGACGAAAACGGUAACGCUAUUGUUGGUGCUUCCGCAACUGCUACUGCUUCCGCCGCUGUUAAAGAACAAGCUGUAGUUGCCAACACCGACGUCACUUCUUCUAAAGCUACUACUACUUUAGAAGGUACUGUUGCUACUACUACUAGCUCUACUUCUACCGCUGCUAAGACUUCUACUGGUUCUACUUCCAGUUACGGUGAUUUAUCUGCUUACUCAGGUCCAAACAAGGAAUUCCAAGAUGGUACUAUCUCUUGUUCCGAUUUCCCAUCUGGUCAAGGUGUUGUCUCUGUUGAUUGGGCUGGUUUAUCCGGUUGGUCUACUAUUAUGGACAUGAAUGGUAACACUGCCACUUCUUGUCAAGAUGGUUACUACUGUUCUUACGCUUGUCAAGCAGGUAUGUCCAAGACUCAAUGGCCAAGUGAACAACCAUCUAACGGUAUGUCCGUUGGUGGUCUAUAUUGUAAGAAUGGUCUAUUAUACAGAUCUAACACCGACUCUAACUACUUAUGUGAAUGGGGUCAAGAUUCUGCCGUUGCUGUUAACAACGCUGAUAAAUCUAUCGCUAUGUGUAGAACUGAUUAUCCAGGUUCCGAAAAUAUGGUUAUUCCAACUUUAGUUGAAGCUGGUUCCUCUCAACCUGUCUCUGUUGUUAACGAAGAUAGUUACUAUCAAUGGCAAGGUAAGAAAACCUCUACUCAAUACUACGUUAACAACGCUGGUGUUUCUGCUGAGGAUGGUUGUGUCUGGGGUACUGAAGGUUCCGGUGUAGGUAACUGGGCUCCAGUCGUUCUAGGUGCUGGUUAUACUGAUGGUAUCACUUACUUAUCUAUCAUUCCAAACCCAAACAACAAGACUCCACCAAACUUCAACAUUAAGAUUGUUGCCUCCGAAGGUUCUACCGUCAAUGGUGAAUGUUCUUACGUCGAUGGUGUCUACACUGGUUCCGGUUCCGAUGGUUGUACCGUCUCCGUUACCUCUGGUUCUGCCGAAUUUGUCUUUUAUUAG